AGCGCCGGCGCGUGGAAGCGGCGGCCGACAUCAGGCCCGGUGUGCUGCGGGUUCCGGCGGCGCCGCGCUCACAGUCGGACCGGCCGCCUGCCCGCUCCAUGGUGCCGCUGACGACACGCGUUCGGAAAAUGCCCAACGGCUCUUCCAAGCCGCCAUCAGCGGUGGGCUCGACGUCCGCCGCCGUCGUGUCGUCAUCGUCAGAUGAUGAGGAGCGUGCGGCAUCCUCACGAGCCGGCGUAGUCUCGCCAGCGGCACGGACGCAUGCGGCGGUCGGGACAGCGACGGGAACUUCUGCAGCUGGUCGGACGUCGGCGGGGCCGUCCGCAGGCGCUCGCACACCAGCUGACUGGCCUGCAGCCGGGAAGAUCUCAGUGGUACGGUCUGCAGCUGCCGGUCCAGCAGCCGGACCAUCUACAGCUGCCGAUCCAGCAGCCGGACCAUCUACAGCUGCCGGUCCAGCAGCCGGACCAUCUACAGCUGCCGGUGCAGCGGCCGGACCAUCUACAGCUGCCGAUCCAGUAGCCGGACCGUCUGCAGCUGCCGGUCCAGCAGCCGGGUCGCCUGCAGGUCCGCGGCCUGUCACCAGCCGGCUGUCGGUGGGGCGAGACGCCGCCGCCUCAUCGUCUGCCAACCGGACGGAGACGGGGCGCGGUGACGGCGCGCGCGGCUCGCCGCCGGCUGACGCAGCGGGCGGCGCUCCCGGCCAGGUGGAAUGUCCUCUCUGUGGCAUCUACUUUCCGCAGGAUAGAAUUGAGGGUCACGCAAGCGGCUGCACCAUUGACGAGGUGGUGGAGAUUCGGGAGAGCCCGUCGCCAGAGCCGAGACCGGACCCCGCCCCACUGCUCAGAACCCGCGCCCGGACACCCACCGGCGUCCAGCGCUGUCGAGUCUGCCUGCAGCUGGUGCCCGAGGGUCCCGACUACCUGGAGCACGUGGAGACUUGCAUACGGGAGCGGCGGGACACGGCCGAUAGAGACCUGUCACCGACACGGACGUCGGGCGCCCACGCGCCGACCGAACCACGUUCAAACAGCUUCCCCAGCGACCAUCUGGCCUCGACCUCCUCCGCAGACGCCGCGCCGCUGUCGCCCGCCUUCCAGCGCAUCAGCGCUCAGACCGACUCCUACAUCGACUACCACAACCAGUUCGCGGUGGGCGCCGGUGGUGCGGCCGGCGCGACGCGGCGUGACUGGUGGCGCAGCGCACGCGGUCGCCGCCGCGUUCGAGGUCGCGGUCGCGGUCAAGGUCGAGGUCGAGGUCGCGGUCGGGGUCGAGGUCGAGGUCUAGGUCGGGGCAAGCGCUUUUGACCGAGUCUGACUGCCGGCGCGGCAGUGGAGGAUGCGGGCGCUGGCUGGGAGGCGGCCGCCACCUGGCGCUCGCGGGGCGGUCGCGAAGGUCGGUCCGGAGUCCAGUGCAGCGGGCCGGACCGGGCCAGCCCUGCCCGGCCGCAGCCGGUGAGUCUGUGUGAUCCGGGGCCGUGCGAACGCCUGCGGAGUUUGCGUGCAAUCUCGUGCCUUCCGGCCGAUGCCGUUGCCAUUCCUGUCGCGACUAUUGUUCACGUUUGACUGAGCUAAUGUCCACGUAGCUAGUGUGCACACAGGCUGCCUGGACGAGCGGGUAUUGUCAUUGUUACUCGGUGCCAAGUGAUUCGCGGGACUCGUGUGCUCUCACGCGCCGUGGCAGCCUGGGGCGGGCGUGAGCUGUGAGGCUCUUACAUGCUCACCUGGUUCCGAGCGUUCUGCUGGCAUAUGUGCUGUGAGGUAGACAACGUGCUCGGUCGCAUCGCCAGCUGUGGAUAUUUCCUGGCAUCCACCCAUCAUAACAUUUGUAAUAAAGGCAAAUUACCAUG